GCCUAGCUUCUCUUCCCUUUCCUUGCUAAAUAAAGCAAGUAGCAGAUAGGGGAAAGUCUGCUCGCAAGUUGCAUCCACCCUGCGCCAAGAAAAGCCAUCGUUCUUCCCACAAGAAGCAUCGUCCAUAUUUCCCCCUCCUCCUCUCCCCCCCCCCCUUGGGAGACCAGCUUUUGAGCUAAUUCUUCUUCGACAGCUCCCGCCAGAUCUCCUCCUGCCGUCGUCCUCAAUUAGCUUUAAUUUCUCCUGUCCUGUCCUGGAUCGAGUCGUUGGAGUUAGAGGGCCACAAUCAUAUCUCCAUAGGUUUCGUGCCAGCGAACGUGCGAGAGCAGCAGCAGGUUGACUGAAGAGAGAUCGAGGCCGGGGACGCGGAGAUGGGGAGGGGAAAGAUUGUGAUCCGCAGGAUCGAUAACUCCACGAGCCGGCAGGUGACCUUCUCCAAGCGCCGGAACGGGAUCUUCAAGAAAGCCAAGGAGCUGGCCAUCCUCUGCGAUGCGGAGGUCGGCCUCAUCAUCUUCUCCAGCACCGGCCGCCUCUACGAGUACUCUAGCACCAGCAUGAAAUCAGUUAUAGAUCGGUACGGCAAGGCCAAGGAAGAGCAGCAAGUCGUCACAAAUCCCAACUCGGAGCUUAAGUUUUGGCAAAGGGAGGCAGCAAGCUUGAGACAACAACUGCACAACUUGCAAGAAAAUUAUCGGCAGUUGAUGGGAGAGGAUCUUUCUGGGCUGAAUGUUAAAGAACUGCAGUCCCUAGAGAAUCAGUUGGAGACAAGCCUGCGUGGUGUCCGCACAAAGAAGGACCAUCUCUUGAUAGAUGAGAUCCACGAAUUGAAUCGAAAGGCAAGUUUAUUUCACCAAGAAAACACAGACUUGUACAAUAAGAUCAACCUGAUUCACCAAGAAAAUGCUGAAUUACAUAAAAAGAUCUAUGAGACUGAAGGACCAAGUGGAGUUAAUCGGGAGCCACCAACUCCAUUCAACUUUGCAGUAGUAGAAACCAGAGAUGUUCCUGUGCAACUUGGACUCAGCACACUGCCCCAACAGAACAACAUUGAGCCAUCAACUGCUCCUAAGCUAGGAUUGCAAUUAAGCCCAUGAAUAAGAGUAAAACUGGCGUCUUAUGAUCCCGAAGGAAACUAUUUAUUGUAAAGAGAUGAUACUCAGAGUAAGACAUAUUUGUGGCAGGGAGAUUUGAAAUAUGAACUUGUAAAUGUAAUGCAAAUAAUUUCCAGACUGGAAUUGGGCCGUGGAAUUCAGAGGAUGAUUGCAUUCUAGUUGCAUUUGAUGUUUGAUGAUACUUAUCAUAUUAAAAGUUUAAAACUUUAAAA